CGGCUUCCUGCUGCAGGCCCCGCCCAGGCUCCCUGCGCACAGCCGGGUUCCCGAGCAGGGGUCCGACCUGGCCCGCAGUCUCGCCCCCUCGUCAACGCGAGACGCCCUCUUCCGGGAGGCCCCUUCUUGGGACGGUCCCCUCCCUCGUGACCCCCUCUUCCAGGAAGCAACCCCCUCCAGGAAUCCUCUCCGUGACCCCCUUCCCCUGUGGUCCCCUCCUCUAGGAAGCCCCCUCCCCCGAGGAUCUCCCUGCCCCUUCCCACUCCUCCCGGAGCCCGUUCCGGUGGGCGGUGCUUCCCAACCCAGGACCCUGGGCUUCUGUCUUUCUGCUUCUCCGGAUGUACCAGGCCAAUCCUAAAGUUGUGCAAGCCAGGGCUCAAGGAAGCAUUUUAGAUGAGGCUUGAAGGUGUUCGUUUCAGAUAGACGUUAACAUCCUCUCCCAGCACAGGGAACAUUUUACGCGGUUAGCAGGGUUCCUGGCUCCUAGCAAGCAUGCACUCAGUUUGAUGCUGUAAUAUUGCUGUUUUAUUCAGUACUGGCAUUCUUUCAGCCUUCUUCUGUCUUUGCAGAGAGUAAGCAGCCUGAGGAAUUUUUUGUCCCACCCAAGCUCAGGAGGAUGAAAGUCAUCACGUGCGAAAUAGCCUGGCACAACAAGGAGCCUGUGUACAGCCUGGACUUCCAGUACAGCAUGGCCGGGAAGGUCCACAGAUUGGCCUCUGCUGGGGUGGACACCGCCGUCAGGAUCUGGAAGGUAGAAAAAGGACCAGAUGGAAAAGCCAUUGUGGAAUUUUUGUCCAAUCUUGCUCGUCACACCAAAGCUGUCAAUGUUGUGCGUUUUUCUCCAACUGGGGAAAUUUUAGCAUCAGGAGGAGACGAUGCCGUCAUCCUGCUGUGGAAGGUGAAUGACAACAAGGAGCCAGAGCAGAUUGCGUUCCAGGAUGAGGAGGAGGCGCAGCUGAAUAAGGAGAACUGGACUGUGGUGAAAACCCUGAGGGGCCACUUAGAAGAUGUGUAUGACAUUUGCUGGGCAACUGAUGGGAAUUUAAUGGCAUCUGCCUCUGUGGAUAACACAGCCAUCAUAUGGGAUGUUAGUAAAGGACAAAAGAUUUCAAUUUUUAAUGAACAUAAAAGCUAUGUACAAGGAGUAACCUGGGAUCCUUUGGGUCAAUACGUGGCUACACUGAGCUGCGACAGGGUGCUGCGUGUGUACAGCACACAGAAGAAACGCGUGGCUUUUAAUGUUUCCAAGAUGCUGUCUGGAGUGGGAGCUGAAGGAGAGGCUAGAAGUUACCGGAUGUUUCAUGACGACAGCAUGAAGUCCUUCUUCCGGAGACUCAGUUUCACCCCCGACGGGUCCCUGCUGCUCACCCCAGCCGGAUGUGUGGAGUCUGGGGAAAACGUCACCAACACCACCUACAUUUUCUCCAGGAAAAACCUUAAAAGGCCAGCCGCCCAUCUUCCGUGUCCCGGGAAGGCUACGCUUGCGGUUCGCUGCUGUCCGGUCUACUUUGAGUUGAGGCCGGUGGUGGAAUCAGACAGAGCCACGCAGGAGCUGGCCGGGGAGCUGGUGCGCCUGCCCUACCGCCUGGUGUUUGCGGUGGCCUCCGAGGACUCUGUGCUGCUCUAUGAUACUCAGCAGCCGUUCCCCUUCGGCUACGUGUCCAACAUCCACUACCACACUCUCAGUGACAUUUCCUGGUCCAGCGAUGGGACCUUCCUGGCUAUUUCGUCCACUGAUGGGUACUGCUCCUUUGUGACAUUUGAGAAAGAUGAACUUGGCAUCCCUUUGAAAGAGAAGCCCGUGUUGAACGUGAGGACCCCCGACACAGUGAAGAAAGCUAAGAAUCAUGCCCAGCAGGGGUCUUCCCCGGGGCCCAGACCUGCAGAGGGGACCCCCACCUCCAAAGUGGAGGACCCCAGCAGCCCCUCCGCGACCCCCUCACUGGCAGGACAGGCUCCAGCCCCAGCAGCGGUCAAGGAUGCUCCUGCGACAACUCCUGGUACUAAGGGCCCCUUGCCAGGCUCUUCUGAGGAGGUGAUGCUGCAGCCCAGUAGUCAGAACACGAAGGGCCACCUGUCCCGGAGGGUCACUCUGAACACGCUGCAGUCCUGGAGCAGGACCACCCCCCGGAGAAUAAACUUAACACCCUUGAAGACAGAGAGUCCACCAAAUUCUGUACCAGCCAGCCUAGUUUUCACCUCUUCUACUGAAGAAAUUCCGUCAGAGAUGCCCGGAGACCCCCUCAAUAGUCCUCCAGAGCUAAAACGGCCCAGACUUGAAGAAAGCAAAGGAAGCCCCCAAAGCCUGGACUCUUGACAGGACCUUGGCCUCUGCUCGGAGCUUGCCAGGCCUGGGUGCGGCACCUGUGAAGUGAAGGGGCGAAGACGCCAGGGCCCCAGGUGGCAUCAGCUGGGCAGAAGCACGCUUGGAGAGUGACUCCUGUUGGACUCACUGUCUGCAGGAGUGCAUGCUUCUGUGUUUAGUCCAUUUCCUUGUGGGGACACAGCUCCUGCAGCAGACUGAUGCCCCUCGGAUGAGCUUCUGAGACCGGAGCUGCUCAGCUCUGUCUCCAUGAGGAGCAGUGUAGGCCCUUGAUAGGGGGUUCCUUUCACUUGGAAUUAGGGAAAGGAGAUGGCAGUCAGAGCUGGUGCUGCGAAUCUUGGAGCGUCCAAGUGAUUAUUAGAUACAACUUCUAAUUAAACUUCAAAAGUUAGUUACGUUGGUUUUCUGAUUUUAAAGGUAAUAAUGCUCAUUCUGUAAAGUUAGGGUGAAGUAAAAAGAAAUGAAAUGUGGAAGUGGGACUCACCCAUGAUCUCACUACGGGCUGUAUGUAGCAUGUUUGCUUUUUAGCAUUUUUCUUUUUUUUUUUAAGGUAUCCUGAGAUUUUACUUAUCUGAAUAGGUUAACUUUUUAUUUUUUUUCUAAAAAAUUGUUUUUUCUUUUUGAGACAGGGUCUCGCUAUGUAGUUUAGGCUGCCCUUGAACUCAUUAUAUAUCCCAGGCUGGCCUCAAACUUGAAGUGACCCUCCUGCCUCAGGCUUCCGAGUGCUGGGAUCCUAGGUGUGCGCCACCACACCCAGAGGCCUUUUAGAUUGGGUUCUCAGAGCAAAAACAAAGAAAACCCCUUAGAACAAAAGCUUAGCGAUUAAUGUUUCUGUCUUUGCUUUCUUUAAGCCCCAGGGAGAUUCUGAUACUGUGGACAGUAUCAGAGUUGAAGGCUGGGUAUGUGAGAUCACACGCUGUGGACUCUUCCCAGUUCAGGAGACACAGGGCAGUUGAGAGGUGGUUACUGCCUGGUGGGAACCAGGUUGAACCCCAGCUUCCAAGUCAGUGUGGCACCCUCCCCUUUAGGAGAAGUGUACGCUGCCUGCCAUUGUGACACGUGAACACCCCAAGUAUAGCGAGCGAGCACAGGAGCCUGAGAGCCUCCUUCCCCGCUCAGAUGGGAAGAUGGUGAACUCAGGCUAAUCUUGGAGAGAUGAGCAGUCCCUGCACCUCAUAAUGGAGGCGUGGGCCACGCUUGCGGGAAGAGGUUGGCACACUGAGGUCACCAGGAGCUGACAUGUGGCCGUAACUGGGCGCCCAUGGAGGGGUGGGUCUGGCCUUACAGGUCGGCACAGUGUGAGUAACUGAAAGCCUCUGAGGGAUUCCGCUGCUCAGCCAAGACUUAGAAAGCAGGAGGAAUGUGCAUCCUGGCCACCGACAGGUCUCCACUGGAAGCUUUUUCUCAGUGAUCUUUCCCCUAUUGCUGACGGAAAGGGCAGCUUGGCCCCACAUCUUCCCAGACAGUUUAACUGGCUGCAUCUGCUGGGGGAGUUUGUGGCCAGUGCCUGCACACCCUGUACCCUGUGCUCCGUGGGACAGGGACAGCAGCAGUGCUAGGUUCUGCACAUCUGUCUGUGCACGGAUGAUGGGAGCCAGGGUGUGGGAGGCUGGCGCAUCUGGCCUGAGGCAUACCUUUGUCCAUCAGCCAUCACCCCUGCGUGCAAAUGGCACAACUGGCAAUAAAGAUGAGCAGUACCA